UAUAGGUUUGAAUAAUAUUCUAUUGAUAAAAUUGAAGGAUUAAACUUCAAUAAUCGAAGUGAUUAGUUAUUUUUUUUAUAUUUUAAAAUAUAUCUCUAAAUAGGAGUAAAUACUAAAUAUCAGUUAAUUUUCAUCUUGUGAUUAAUUGCCAAGAUACAGUUUGCUUCUCAUCCGAUCGAUGAAUUAUUGAUUUGAGGUAAAACACUCGUUCAAGUGUGCAGUUAAGUGAAUAACAAUGCAGCUGUAAUCGUUUGAUUAUUGCGAAAAAUUCCUACAAUCAACCCGCAUCGCACAGCGGCAGUAGUAUAGAGCAAUUUUUCACUCCAUUCAACAACAAUUCAACUGUUUCGCCGAAAGCUUAUGAGCUUUAGUUUCAACCGAGGAAUGACACGGAUAUAGCCAGCAGCGUAAAGAGAAGAUCGAGGAAAUUAGCCGCACGUGAACAAUGGGGCUAAAAAGAUAAGAUCCAGCGCGUGUCGAGUCGAGCCGAGUCGAGAGCUACCGUUGCCGCUCUCUGUCUCUCUCUCUCCCGCCGAUAAUCCCGCCCGCGCGCGGUCGAGUGCGGCAAAAGUGUAUUGUUAUGUCGACGGCUGCAGCGAGGAAGAGGCCGCAAUUAUCGCGGUGGAACAUCGCUGCCGCCUUGUCCAUCAUCAUGGGCCGCUGCUGGAUGAUGCUCUGCCCGAGUAGCCUUGUCGUGCUCUUCAUCGUCAACGUGCCUAUAGCCAGGUGCCUGGAGCCGGACUUUCUUAAUCCCAUGGAGAACGUAACGGUGACGAAGGGUCGCGACGCCGCGUUCACGUGCGUGGUGAACAAUCUUGGUGGAUACAGGGUGAGUCCCUCGUCCGCGAGCGGUGAUCACAGUGUGGCCAAUCCUCGGGUGGCCUGGAUCAAAGCCGACACCAAAGCCAUCCUGGCGAUACACGAGCACGUGAUCUCGAACAACGCCCGGCUCACCGUCAAGCACAGCGACUUCAACACGUGGACGCUCAACAUCAAGAACGCCCAGCCCGAGGACCGGGGCACCUACAUGUGCCAAGUCAAUACCGAUCCCAUGAAGAGUCAGAGCGCACAUCUGGAAGUCGUCAUCUCGCCGGAUAUUAUUUACGAGGAAACUUCGAGCGACAUAAUGGUGCCGGAGGGCGGCUCGGCGAAACUUAUCUGCAAGGCGCGCGGCUACCCCAAGCCGGAAAUCAUCUGGAGGCGCGAGGACGGCAGCGACAUUACCACCCGCGCGAGCACCGGCAGCAAGAGCAAAGUGUCGCAGGCCCAGGGCGAAAUUCUAAGCUUCCCGAACGUCGGCCGGAACGAGAUGGGAGCUUAUUUGUGCAUAGCGAGCAACGGAGUGCCUCCGUCGGUGAGCAAACGAAUGAUGCUGCAAGUUCAUUUUCGUCCGUUGAUUGAAGUGCCGAACCAGCUAGUUGGGGCGCCGAUGAGAACCGACGUGACGCUAUCCUGCAAAGUUGAGGCUUCGCCGAAACCUAUUAAUUAUUGGACCCGUGAAAACGGAGACAUGAUCGUCACGAACGACAAGUACUCGAUGUCGGAAGAAGUCGCCAAUACCUAUAGCGCCCGGAUGCAGCUGGUCAUAAUGAAUCUCCAGCCGAGGGAUUUCGGCGGCUACAAGUGCAUAUCGAAAAAUUCGCUGGGAGACGCCGAGAGCGGAAUUAGAUUGUACGAGAUAGCGCUGCAGGAGCACAAAAAGGAGUACGACAACGGCGGCGGCGACAACGAGUACGGCGGCAACAACGAGGACGAGCGAGAACUCGGCAAUCGUCUCAAUCACGUGUAUCAGGGUCUGCGCGAGGGCGGCGGUGCCACGGCCCAGCCCAAGGCCAAUGGAGCCGAUGCCGCCGUUGCUACUGCCCGGACGUCGCUGCUGAUGACGACGCUGCUGCUGGUAUUCUUCUUGGCGACGACGAGAAUCGACUGCAGUGCGUAGAAAAAGACGAACGCAGACGACGUCAGAGGUGGGAGACACAUAAAACUGUACAGAACAAUUUUUUAAUCGUAAGAAAAAAAGAAUCGUGUACUUAUAAGGGGCGGGCUUUUGAUUUCGAACUUUGUGUCGUUACAUGAAUAUACUAUUAUGGUGCAGCGUUGAUCGAGGACGAAUUUAGGACGAUAUAACGAUAUCGGCAGCUGUUUGGCUGCGCCGAGCGCGUAUAAUUUCGAUAAAUGCUUUGAGUGACAUUACCGCACACAUAUCAAAGUCUUUCCGUAGUGUGUAAUUAUCUUCUUUUUUUCGGCGCAGCCACUCGCAUAUUUAUAUAAAUAUUAUAUAUAAUACAAUGGUUAAUCGAAAGUGUGCGUUGAAAGUAUAUUUUAUAAAUGUGAAUUAUAUAAGAUACGAUUGGCACGAGACGAAAAAAGUUUUUCUUUAUCGAAAAUGAGAAAAUCGUUGAAAUGUUAUGAAUGUUCUGUUAUUGAGUUGAGCACAAAUUUUGUACACUACAAUGAGAUCAUAUAUAUAUAGAAUAUAUUGUAUUAUGAUGCCUAAGUCUGUGCGUACAAGUAUAUAAUACCUAAUGUACAUAUUUACACUUUUUCAAGCUCAAGCCAAAUGAAAAAUCGAACGCGUCUACAAAACAAAAAUUAUUUAUUAUGGGCUUAUAGCUUAAACUUGGCUUUUUAAUUUUUUUAUGGGAUUUUUCUUCCCUGUUUCAUUGCAUUUUUUAAAAUUUCAAAAUUUGUAAUUUCUCCCCCAGAUAAGCUGUUUCUAUUUUUCGUAAACUUUAAGCGUAAAACUUUUUUUCGUUGCAUUCUUUGGUCGCAUUAGGAUGGCAAUAACAACAAAAAAUGUAAAAGAAAUUAUGCUCGAGUGUUCGUAAAGAGCAACCUAUGCGCGUUCGAUCACCUCGCCCCGAGUUGCGGCCGUAACCAUUUCAUAUUCCGAUGAAGUGUGCACCACCUGGGCACUGUAGCUCAAAUGGUUUCCACUGAAUGUUACGACUGGUAAGAGGCAUUUUUAAAAAACAUGAAAUGCCGGUAAGGGCAAAAGAAAUAAAAAAAAAUUCAAAAGUAAAUAAAGGAACUGCUGUAACUCAAUGAGAGAUAAAAAUGUUGGAAUUUUGAAUAAUUCAAUAAAAAGGGUAGGAAAUAUCCCAUUAAACAAUGAAAUAAAAAAAAAAACAAGAUUCCUAGGUAUACGUAAGCCCUCAGCGACUAAUUCGGAGAUUUCAUUGUAAAAGUUUUAUAAAUUAUCACUUCCGAAGCUUACGUUUGCGGCUCAAAUUCCAGAUCUCAUGAACUAUCCUGUAAUUAAACCGUGCCAAAAAUUAUUUUUAUUCUAAAGAAAAAGAGUCAACAGUUUUCUCAAUAAAGUUGAGGAGAAUUUAGAAGUACGAAAACUUUUUUUCCGUUGAUCUACAUACAUUUCCAGUAAAUCAUGCUGAAACAAAGUAAACUUACUAAAUUCACUCAUUAGUAUUCAAAUUUUCUUCAAUUAUUUUAUUUCGACCAUUAAUAUCACUACAUAGAAGUUAUUUUCCACGCGAAUCGCGAUCAAUGUAGUGCAUUUAGGAAACGCCGCGGCAAUAACUUUGAUGCACGUUUUUUUACUCCAUAAGCUUUUACCUUCAAAGUACACGCCGUCUCGUCUUACUCUAUACGUCGCACUGUCAUAAUGUUCACGAGAUUUUACAAGCAUUCGAGGCAUUCUCAUUUCGCGUUGUAAUCUCUCUCUCUCCCCCGGGGAAGGGAGCGCAAUUAAUAUCAAUCGUCGGAAGCUGCUCAUUGCAUACAAGCAACAUGACGACGCGUUUCAGCUCAUUAUGCUCGUCGUGAAUAUAAAGACAGAGGCAGAAGAGAGAGAGGCGGAGACACAGAAGCCAGAGGCAGAGAGAAAAGAGCGAUUUUCUCUCCGGCGUGUGCAGUGCUGCUGCUGAUGUCGAGGCCUCUCAGGGGUGAAACUUUCUAUCUACCUCUCUUUUUCACUUUUCUCUAUUUCUCUCCGGGCUUAUGUGUGUGCGCGCGCGGGAGCUGUGCCUUUCUUCUUCUGCAGGCUGUGAACACAGCGCUCCGCAUUGCCACAGUGCAGCAGCGGCAGUAGCAGAGGUAUACACUGCUGCGCUCGGUUUCUCUCCCUCGCACUUCAUAUCGCGGAUUAGCGAGCACCUGUUGCUGCUGCUGCUACUGCUGCCACGGCUAUACACCGACGAGCCAUGGAGCUUUCCUGGAAAUCUAAUUGCUUCCUCGGCACGCGAACAUCCCAAGCAAGUCUCCCACUCUAUCUUUCUCUCUCUCUCGUUCUCUCUUCCUUUCUCGUCGUCUUUCUUUCUUCGAGUUAUUAUAUUGGCAGGUAAGCGUAAAAUAAAAAGACGAAGAGGGAAGAAGAAGGAAGGAAAAUUUCACCCAACGGGUACACUUCAGCGGAGCUAAGUGCAUUGCAUUAAAUGGCUCGAGAUUUCUUAAAAGAUUGUUUCAACGUAAGCUUACUUGUUUUUACUUUUUUUUUCGCCGCGCCGGCACCCCCGUGCUUUUUCCCUUCCUCCUCCAAGCUCUCUCUCUCUCUCUCUCUAACUCGCCAACUGCACAAGCCAACCAGAAACAACGCAAAUCUUCUCUCUCUCGUUUUCAUUUCGUUUCGUGUAAAACUCAUUUUAAGUAAAAGCAGUAAAAUGCGGAAAUUACUCUCAGAGGUAAUUUUUUUUCCUCUGUCCCAACACCGUUUACAUUACGAUUUUAAAGUAUAAUGGCAAAACAAUUUUUGUUUCGCUCGCACAACUCGUAAAUAAAUUUAAAACUAUUGUAUUAUUAUAUCCUUCGAAUGAAAAAAAUGGUAACGAUCGUUGAUUUUUCGCAACUUCGGGAGUCGAUAAAAUUUAUAAGAAAAAUUUAAGAAAAAAGAUUUAAAAAUAUCACUCAGCAGUGCGUCGUAACAUAAUUAUAUUUUUCAAGUACAUUAUAGGAACGAAGUUGCGACGAAUCGACGCGUUGAAUGAAAAUCUCUGUAAAGACGCUGUAAAAUAAUGUGUUAUAAUAUACUGAUGAUAGUUAUAAAAAUGUAACUCCAUUACAUAUAAAUAUGUUAUACACAGAUAGCCGCAUCAAAAAGUUGAUAAGGUUGACGUAAUACGUACGAGUGUUAUUAUUAAAUGUCGUUCGCAAAAAUUUAUUUAAUGAACUUGAACAAAGCAUAAUAAGCUAAUUAAUUAUAUCUAAGUAUAAAUGGUGUAUAUUAUCAAUAGAUGAAUGACUAGAUGAAUUUCAUUGUAUGAGUUGUCGAUCGCUGAAGACCAUUUUUUGCUCUGAAAUGAAAAAAAUAAUAAUAAUAAUCGAGAACAACUUUUUUCGAAGCGUAACUCAUCGCGAAUGGAAUGCUUGAAAAAUUAAUUGUACUUGUGAAUAAAAAAAUUAUAGUUAGUUUAUGAAAAAUCGUUGGCGACUGAUGAGUGUUGAAUAUAAAUGCAAAAUAAAAAAAGAAGUAUAUAUAAUUAAUAAGGUGUUUACAGAGAAAUCUUAAUGUACAUAAAACAAGAAUGUGAAUAUAUAUGAGCAUUGUACCAAAAAAAAAAAAGAAAGG